GUUUACGUGCCGUCUACCGACACCCGAUGACGUAAAUGUCCUGACCAAAGAUUGUCCAGUUUCAUCGGUGGUUAGAGUUCCAAACGACGCCCAGUAGGACGUUAGAAAAAGUAGUGGUAGGAAACCUACCUUGUCAAAUUAAAGAGAGGCAAAUGUUCUCAAGAAAAAUAUGUCAGACAUAUUGUGCAAAUGGCUCAACGAGGACCUUCGACUGUCAAAGGUCAUCGAACGAAAUAACUUCGCCAAAGAUUUCUCCAAUGGUUACCUCAUUGGAGAAGUUUUACAGAAAUAUCAAAUCAUUAAUGAUGUCAGUAUCUUUAUGAAAAAAGACACUUCCACAUCCAAAAUGAACAAUUUUACACGCCUCGAGCCAACCCUCCAGCGACUGGGCAUCUCCUUUGACCAGGCCACGGCCCAAGGAGUGAUGAAGGAGAAGCCUGGUGCUGCCACGCAUCUUCUUUAUCAACUCUACGUCUCACUAAAAAAGCAGAAAAUGAGGAAAUUCGAAAUCAUGCAACCUGACGCCCUGCAUAAAAUGGGUCUCCAAAAAUACUCCGAUCAUCCUGUGGUGAAGAAAAAUGAUGGGGAGUUGAAGUUACAGAAAAUCAAUCAAGACUUCGAGAAGAGACAACCUCACUUUGACAAGUUAGCCCAGAAAAAGAGUCAACUCAAAGAUCAGGAUGAGAAAAGAGGCACAAACAUGAAGAAGUUUUCUCGUCCAAAAUACAGUGAUGUCGUGUCAAGCCAAAAUCAGUCGGCUGAUGUACAGGUUCCAAAACCGCCUCCCUACUCUUCACUGGUCAACAUGAGGAGGCAGAAACAUCAGCAGCGCAAAGAUCAGCAAGCAGAGAUAGUCAAGGCCGAAAUUGCAGAGUUUGAGAUGAACAGAAAGAAGCUGACCACCUCAGGCUUGACUUCUGCAUCUGGUGGUCUAGAUGGUCCACUCGGAGGUAGGACUCAAGGCAGUGCCGGAGAAAAUGAACUGACGCUCCAGUCCAGCAGCACAUAUAUUCAGGAGAUCCGCCAGAGGUUGCAGGAGAAUGUUGCUGCUUCUGAGCAGAGAGAAAAGAGACGAAUCAGAUGUCUGGUCGAGCAGCUCAAAGCCCAUUUGGCUCAAGAGGAAAGAUGGCGAGAAGAGCAACUGAUAAGAUGUCUGACAGGCCAGACUCAGCAAGAGAAGCGCUUAGCCGUGCAGCUACUCCAAAUGCGCAAGCAGAAGGAUGCCUUCCGGCAGAACCGCCUGCUGAUAGAACAGCAGUUCCAGCAACAGCGAGAGAAGGAAUUCCGAGAAGCUCUCGAAAUGGAAGCGGCUUUGACCCGUCAAGCUCAGCUGGACCGUGCAGAAGAGAUCCAACUGGAGCUAGAAUUCUGUAAGAAGAUGGCCGCCGAGUUUGCUCGCAACAGGUCCAUGAAGCAUUUUGAGAACUGCAAGGAGAUUUUGGAGCAAAUUAUAGACUUGGCCACCAAAGUUGGAGAAUAUCGCCUGCUCACCGCAAAUUUGAUUCCAGCAAAGCUGAUGCGUGAAUGGAAAGAAUUGCUGUUAAACGGUCUCCCUCUUUACGAGCAGCAGGAGCGGCCCACAUCGCCCGACCCUGUAGAGCUCCAGAAACAGGAGCUACUCAACAGCCAGGAUUACGAGGAGUAUGUUAACAUGGUUGGAGAAUGGGCAUGGACAGAGGAGGCCGGGGAGGCCAGCUCACCAGUUGGGCCGAGUCUCAACACGAUUCUCAGACAUAUCUUCUUCAAAAUGAGGAGCUUGAUCCCGUUAACGAGCCCGUCAGCAAUUACUGUCUACAGGCUCAAGGCGUGUGUGCUGGGCAAGUUCUGCUCUGGCAAAACCACCUGUCUGAAGAGCAUUGCUCAAGAUCUCCAAAUAUGUGUCCUAUCAGUGGACAGUCUAGUACAGGAGGCACUGAAUGCUCACCAAAGUAGAGAGAGGGGCAUAGAAGAUAAUGAAGAAAAGGAGAAUGAACUAGUUGCAAUUCUGAAUACCGAUCUGCAAAAAGAGGAAAUCUCACGCUUAAAUUUGUCGGUCCGAGCUUUACUGGGAAGAGCUGCCGCAGAGGAGCUGAGCAAAGGCAAAGUCAUUCCUGAUGAGCUCUUGGUGGACAUUGUAGUGGAAGCUAUCAGCCGGGUUCCGUUUGAGUCGGGCUGGAUCUUGGAUGGCUUUCCAGUCAACGUAGAUCAGGCCCAUCUACUGGAGACGGCCAUCGGCUCUCUCGACAAGGGCUACGAAAUAAUGGAACGAAAGAUAGACCUCGCCAUCGAUCCGAAUCCUUCGCUGCCCCUGCCCCCGCCGCCUGCGCUGGACUUGGCUGUACUGCUGGACAUUCCUGAUCAGUGUGUCGCCAAGCGCGCAGUCAGUUACACCGAUGGAGGCAGACGUACUCCGGGUGCAAGAGGCUCGCCACAGGUUAACAACCGAUUGUUUACUGCACAGAUUCCACAUAGGAUCACGUCCUUUCAGGAUAACUGGAUCAAACUUGAGGAAUGGUUUGCGAACGCUGGGAGGAAAAGUAUUUUGAUGCGUGUGGAUGCAGAUGUAUCAAAGGAGGAGCUUUGCACGAUCAUGAGUAGUAUCCUACAGAAGGCUAUAUUGCAAAGACAGCAAGAUCCUAGGCAAUAUUUUGAGUUCGAGACCCCAGUACCUGCACUGUCUCCCACUUCUGCUGCGAGUUCCGUCCAAACGACAGCCGUCACAAAUGAAGACGAAUCCCAAUUGAGCCUUACCGAGGACCGAUCCAAUUCAGUCCCCCCAGCAGAUCAAGCCAACAGGACAUCCACCGACUCUACGGCCGACGAGGACUUGCGAGAAGAACCCUCUCCCACUCCUGCCUCACCCUGCCCGGGUUCUUCCGGCUGGGUCUACGUAGAUGAGCCACUCUCCUCAAGCAAAGCCGAGUUUCUGUGCCAACAGUGGGAAGCAGUUUGUGAUUCUUAUGUGAGCAGUGUCAAGGCCGUGAUGCAAGAGCUCCGCUUCGAGCGCACUGCUAUUGACCAACGCUUGUAUGACAUCAGAGAGGAGUUCAAGCAAUUCCUGGAGCGACCUGACCUGAAGCAGGAAUUAGUAUCUCAGUGGCAGAAAGAUUACAACAGCAUACCUGACGACCUGAGGAAAAACGAGGAGACCAAAGCAGAAUUAAUUCACCGUCUGGACAACCUGUGCGAGCAUUUGUGGGACAUUAUCGACACGCACAAGGAGGACGAUGAGACACAACGGGCUGUGCUCAUUUGUGAGAAAUGGUUGGAGGAACACACCAUGAUCCUGGUCAACCAUCAUUUAAGACUCAUACAGGUGGAAAUGAGCCGUUUUCAGAGCACAUGCAAUAUUUUGCGGGACUACUAUCUGAGUGGGGGUCAACAGGAACACCUGGACUCCAUCCCCCUCCUUGACAUCGAAGAUGUAGGACCUACAACGGUACUUCGUGAAAUCCUGAUCGCCAAACACGACGAUGCCCUCACAGUCAUAAGUAAACUGGUGACAACAGAACCUCAGCUGGCGGAUCUGAAAGCACAAGACAUUGAGAAAAUCCAAGAGAAGGAAAGAUCCCAGGAGAAGGAAAAGGAAAAAGAGAAGGAAAAGGAGAAAGAGAAGGGGAAUGCGAACAAAAAGAAAGACAAAGAUAAAAAACAGAAAGGCAGAUUUGAUAACGCAUAUUGUGCAUACAUUUUGUAUUUAGGUUCUCCGUCUCCCCCUCCUGCUCCCAGCCCACCACCAGCUGUGGAAACUGUGGAGAAGAGCUCUGGAGGCGUUAAAAAUGGCAAACAGAAGGUAAUCCAAGAAUACGCGGCUGCUUUGAACCAUGAAGAGAAUGCAUCAAAUGUUCGGAUUAAUCUGGUGAAAGGCCACGGGCUGGUACUGCUGAACUCUCUGCAAAGCAGAGCAGAACAGAUCUUUAGCGACAUGCAAGACAGCUUGGAAGCACAUUACGUUGCCCAAAUGAAGAGUAUUGACCAACUUGUAGAGGUGGUGCGCCACUUCAUAGAGACUGGUGCUAAGCUUCAGAAUGAGUUGGUGCUGGAAAGUAUUGAUUUCUAUUUGAAUGGAGACUCCCGAUUGAUUUCAAGUCCACUUUCCCAACUGAGUCCCCCUGCCUCGGAGAUUGCAACAUCUUCAAUGCUGACCGUUCUUCAACUGGAAUCAUUGUACCACUGUCUUUGCAACGAAGCUCCAACAGGUGUCAUGUCCAGUUCUGAGUUCUUCCAUCUGAUCAAGGACAUCCUCCCUUAUAACUCUCUGCCCGAACCUUGGGAGAACAUGAGGGAAACACAGUUGAAGGAGAUUAUUUCUCUGCUCGCCGAUGGAUACAAACAGAUAGACUGGCGUCGAUUCCUUGUCAGUGCCGCCAUCCCUUGGCCGUUUCCCUCUUUAACACAACUGCUGCUUGUGCGCAAGCAGUUCAAGGCAGCAGACACCGGUGACACGGGCUACAUACGUGAGGAGCAAUAUAAUCAGGCGAAGUUGUGGUUUUCCAGUGAGAGUGAACAGUCCGUCCCCGAGGACUCCUAUCAGCCUCUAAAUAAACGUCAAGCCCACCUACGCAAGCUUUUUUUCCAGCUGUUUUCCGAUCACUCUACCACCCCGCCUCAACUGGACUACAUGACCAUGCUGCUGUGCUUCGCCUCCGAUCUCGAUCCCAAGCAGGGCUUCAUCAAAGCGUUGAGCGUAAUGACGGGACAUCAUCUCCACUACCCCACCUCGAGCGCUUUUGACACAACUGAUUCAAACUUAUGGGAGACCACAGUUUCCUCCUGCUCACAGCCAGAAGAAAACCCCAAGGAGGAAGAGGAGUGUGCAGCAAGUAUGAGCCAGACAGUGUCCAUCCCAGCUCUCCUUUCUGUCGUGGGGCCCGAAGUAGGAAAGAUGAAAGGUGGCAUUAACCCUGCUUCAGGUUGCUUGAGCCAGGAGGAGAAUGUUGAGCAUCUGAUGCAGAUAUUCGUAGAGCUGGGCUACUCUCCAGAAGAUGCCAUUCCCUUCUCGGUCCUCUCCGAGCAUCCGUCCUUUCGUAAUCUGAUAGAGGUCACUAAUCACCACCUCUUUGUCAACAUUCAUAACGUGCUGCAGGCCCCUCAGCCACAAGGAGAGGCUCAACAGUCUCCUAAUUGAUGAUGACACCUAAAACAUCUACUUUCGGUCUUCUAUGUCAUGAUAAAUUACUCGGAAAGAAUAAAUAGAUGUAAAAAAACUAUUCGUGAC